ACAAACAUGCAAAGGCAAUCCUUAGGCUAUCCUACCUCCAAGCUCCACAUCCAUGGAGAAGAGAUUACCGGAGCAGAUGAUCAGAAACGCCGUGUAAUCAUCGACUGCGAGGACCGCAAGGAGAGUAAGCCUCGCCCGUUGUCAUUUUCGCCUUCAUUGCCGUCGUUGUCGUCGCCUCCUAAUAGUGAGAAGCUCAUUCAUCUCAUUCCUGUUCUCACUCUCCUUUGCUUCCUCGUACUUUUCCUAAAUUCUCACAGUCCUUCACAAUCUGAUUUAGUUGCUUUUAACGGAUUCAAGCAUUCCUCAAAGCGUUUAGAUUCACGCGAAAUCAGCAAUGUUCUGACGAUUCGAAGCCAAAGGAAUUUGCAAGAACUUGAUAAGUACGUUUCGAAGUAUCGUCUACACCGGAAAAUCGCCGAUUUCUAGGCAGCCUCCUUGAGCAUCCCCUCGGCCGUUUAUGUCUCUCUCCCUCUCUCUAUUACGCAGUCUUCUUUUGUUCGUUCAUGCUCUAGCUGACUACACGUGCCGGGCAAUCUUGCACGCGCAAGGUUGCACGUGUAAAUUUGAAUUGCGUGUCAAUUUGUUGGCUUGAGAAGCAAGUA